GUGCUGCUGAAAGCUAUUCAUGUUGCCCUGACACCGCCAGCUUCUUCCCUCUCUGUUCAGAGGUGGAAUUAUUGCUGGAGCUGUAGGCAGUGACCGGGGAAUGGUUGUACUUUCAGGUGGCAGAGACAUUCUACAUCAAAGGCAAGGGAACUCUUUGGGAUGAAGAAAAGAGAAGUGUCUGGAGGGAUAUCAUGCAGGAGGAUUGUGACACCAAGCUCUUGCUAGGAUUUAUGAUUUCCAAGCCUGCUGUGAUCUCCCAGGUGGAACAAGGGCAAGAGUCAGGUGCCCUGACUCUCCAAGACUCCAAGAAAAUAGACAUCUUUAGAGGCACCUGAACUGCAGACAAUAAGAUCAUCCUGAAGAGGUCACUCCUCAGCAGAAAGAUCCCAAAAAGACAGAACCAUACUGGACAUUAGCUGGGAGACCAGCAGGGGAUAUUGCCCGGAAUCCUGACUGUGGAAAAAUCUCUGAGAGUCAGGGCAGGUCAGAAAGGAAAGAGGGAAAUUCUGUAGGGAAGAACCAGGAUAAAUUGGUUCGCCAUGAAAGAGGUUUGGGAGGACACAAGAGCAUCAUUGCCCAGGGAGAGAGUCCAAAUAUGUGUAUAGGAUGUGGGAAAAGCUUCUGUCUGAGAUCAAAUCUUAUUACACACCAGAAACUCCACAUGGGAGAAAAACCUUAUAAAUGUACUGAGUGUGGGAAAACCUUCCUUCAGAACUCUAAACUUAGUCAGCACCAGGGAAUCCACACAGGAAAGAAACCCUAUAAAUGUCUGGAAUGCAGAAAAGGCUUCACUCUGAGCUCCACACUCAUUCGUCAUCAGAAAACCCACAGGGGAGAGAGGCCCUACAGAUGCACUGAAUGUGGGAAAAGCUUCAAUAAACACUCAACACUUGCACAGCAUCAGAGAAUCCACACCGGAGAGAAACCCUUCAGAUGUGCAGUAUGUGGGAAAAGCUUCAGUUGGAGCUCAACGCUCAUUCAGCAUGAGAGAAUCCACACGGGGAACAAACAGCAUAAAUGUGCCGAAUGCGGGAAGAGAUUUAGUCAGUACUCAGAUCUGAUUGUACAUCAGAGAAUCCACACGGGCGAGGAACUCCAUGAUUGUACUGAGUGUUGGAAAAGGUUUAGCUGCAGGUCAACGCUUAUUAAACAUCAGAGGAUCCAUACAGGACAGAGACCCUAUAAGUGCCCUGAAUGUAAGAAAAGCUUCUCCUGGAGCUCAGACCUUAUUUGUCACCAGAGGGUCCACAUGGAGGAGAAUCCCUAUAAAUGCACUAAGUGUGGGAAAAGCUUCGGUCGGAAAUCACAACUCAUCCAGCACCAGAAAAUGGAUUUCUGGUUCCCAAACCUGAUGUGAUCUCCCAGACGGAAUGAGGGGAAGAGCCAUGUGUUCCAGAUCUCCAGGCCACCAAAAAAAGAGAGGUUCUGAAAGCUACCCAGACAGGUGAAGACUAAGUUGUUGAACCAACUGAGAAACGAUCCAUGAGUAAAGUAUAAUGCUGGAAUUCCAAGACAGCCAUCAGUUAAUACAGUAAUAAUAUUUGGUGACCAUUAUAGUGUUUCACAUGUUCAAAGAACAUUCAUUUAAUGAACUGGUGUCAGAGUUAUGACUAGAAUUUAGGCAUUCCUGGAUGCUAGCCCUGUGCUUAGUCCUUUAGUCCAAUGGGUGUUAGGCAUCUAAAUACCAUUAAGGAUAUGAGCCUUACGGCUUGUCUACGUUACCCACUGGAUCGACAGGCAGCGAUCAAUCCAGCGGGGGUCGAUUUAUCGCAUCUAGUCUAGACACGAUAAAUCUACCGCCGAGUGCUCUCCCAUCGAUUAUGGUUCUCCACCAGGGCGA